AUGCGCUGCUUCAGCCGGCUGCUUAUUGCCGCAACGGCUCUUACCAGAGCUCUUGCUCAGUACAAUGAUGGCUACGAGACCGUCAACUCGCCGACCGACCCAGUGCAGAUCCGUCUGGCAUACCAAGGACCAACAGCCAUGAUGGUCUCCUGGAACACUUUUUCUCAACUCACAAACCCCACUGUCUCUUAUGGCCUUAGCCCUAACGCUCUGACUCAGACCGCCUCUUCGUCUGUAUCCGUCACAUACCCAACUUCAUUGACUUACAACAAUCACGUGAACAUCACUGGCCUGGCUCCAUUCACCACGUAUUACUACCUUCCUCAGUACAGCAAUGCCACCACCCCGUACACCUUCACCACUGCUCGUGCUGCUGGCGACCAGACUCCCUACACCGUGGGCGUCGUUGUGGAUAUGGGUACGUUUGGUGCUCUCGGAUUGAGCACUGUGGUUGGGACAGGCGCAGCAAACCCCCUAGCAGUCAAUGAGCAGACAACUAUUGCAGCCCUUACAGAAAUGAUUGAUAGUUACGAGUUCAUUGUCCAUGCUGGAGACAUCGCAUAUGCCGAUUACUGGCUCAAGGAAGAGAUCCAGAAUUACCUCCCAACCACGACCCCUGCCCAAGGUGCUGUCGUCUAUGAGAGCAUAUUGAACGCUUUCUUCGAUGAGAUGAACAUAAUUACAUCUCAAAAAGCUUAUAUGGUGAAUCCUGGAAACCAUGAAGCUAAUUGUGAUAAUGGUGGAACCACCAACAAGACGAGCGGACAAAAGUAUACGUCCUCAAUUUGCUUAGCAGGUCAGACGGACUUCACUGGCUACAUAAACAAUUGGCGUAUGCCCUCCGGACCUUCUAGUGGUGUGGGAAACUUCUGGCAUUCUUACGAUUAUGGAAUGACGCAUUUCAUUCACAUCGAUACCGAAACUGAUCUUGGAAACGGUCUCGUAGGCCCUGAUGAAGGAAGUCCCGAAUAUGGUGGGCCUUUUGGCAGUUAUACUAACCAGCAAGUCGACUGGCUAACAGCCGAUCUGGCUGCUGCUGUCAACCGCACAUUGACACCAUGGGUGGUAGUAUUUGGCCAUCGAGGCUGGUAUCUUUCUGCUUCCGGCUCUGUCUGUGCAAAUUGUCAGACCGCAUUUGAAAAUCUCUUCUACGAAUACGGAGUGGACCUGUACAUCAAUGGGCAUGCUCAUCUUUAUGAAAGAACUGCUCCAAUUUACAACGGGAUCCUUGAUCCCAAUGGCCUUACGAACAUGGGGACAAAAGUCCGUGCCGCCACACUUUACAUAACGAAUGGCGCAGCAGGACAUUAUGAUGGUCUUGAUACAUUCACAACCAUCCAGCCUUACAGUGCGUAUCAUGAGGCAUCAGACUAUGCGUGGUCAACAAUUUCCUUCGCCAACAGCACCCAUAUGACCAUUGACACACUGUGGUCCGCGAACAAUACUGUUUUUGAUUCUGCCGUCCUCUAUAAGGCACAUGCAGCUACACUGCAGACUUCUUCGACGACUACAUCGAGCAGCUCCUCUACAUCAUUCAUCUCUUCGGCGUCCUCGACAUCAAUUGGGUCUUCCGUGACAACAAACCCUACAUCGACCACAAAUACAGCCACGACAACAAGUACCGCAGUCUACCCGACUUACACCAAUUUCAAUGGGCAGGGGCAUCUGUUCGUCUGGAGCAAUGGUACACUUCAGGGAGAUAUCGGUAGCGCAGGCACUUGGUACAAUACACCAGGCCAAAAUACAGCCACUUACACUGCUGUCCCCCUGUACCCCAAUGGGACAGCAUUCACCAUCCAGCACAGCACCAAUUAUUGCACCAUUGGUAGCGACUUCUCGUUCGGAUGUGUGGCUACUUCAGCGGGUGCUGCCACUGUCUUCGGCCAAACACCAGACGGCAACCUGACUUUCCAAGGCUCAGAGGCGUUCUACGCCUCGGUUGUAGCCAAUUCCGCUACUAAACCAACUAUAUAUGCGACCCCUCUACCUGUAUCACUGAACAUUGUCUGGGGAGGCACUGCUGUAGUAGUUGCGCCUACUAGCACCUCGUCCGUCUUGAGCUCAGGCUCCAGCAGUGUCUCAUCAACAACCAGCAAACCCACGAGCAGUUCUAGUCUUCAAUCAUCUUCGAGUCUGCUGUCAAGCUCCUCCUUCAGCUCCAGCAAUUCCUUGAGCUCCUCCGUGCCGACUUCGCAGACAAGCAGCGUUCUGAGCUCAACAGGCCUGUCCAGCUCGUCAAAUUCCUCUGUUCUAUUCUCAAGCACCAGCGGAACCUCUUUAGUCGUGAGCUCUUCAUCGUCCAGUCUUGUCUCGACGAGUUCGUCUGUCACAAGUUCGAAUACCUCUUCCUCCUUGGUGCCUGGUAACACUGUCACAGUGACCAGUACUUUGGCGAUCCCAACAACUAUCUAUUCAGAUUUCACUGUGACUCAAACAUCCAUAGCCACAGAGAGCGACUUCGUCACUAUUGUCGAAACUAAUACACAGGACGAUUUCAUCACCAUUGUGCAGACUAGUACGCUUCCAGCUUCAACUGUCACCUCAGCUAUUACAGUAACGGAAACUGCCACAGCGACGGAAGACGAUUUUGUUACCAUUGUGCAAACUAGUACAGAACCCGCUUCAACUGUUGUUUCAGAAGUUACAGUGUAAGCUAGCGCCUGGCAUCUGUUCGUGCAAUUGAUUUAGCUUGCUGACCUAAAUCUCAGGACUCAAACAACCAUAGCGACAGAAGAUGACUUCAUUACCGUUGUGCAAACUAGUACAGAGCCCGCUUCUGUACAAUAUGUACCUACCACAAUCGUCUCGGUAUCCUACAGCACUCUUCCAGCUUCGGUGGUCACAUCUAUACAAUACGUGCCAACAACAAUUGUCUCUAUCAGCGACCUCCCCGCUUCCACCAUCACCUCAACUCAGCUGGUGCCUACAACAGUGACCUCAAUCAGCGAUCUGCCAGCCUCUACAGUAAUAUCAACCAAACUAGUGCCAACAACUCUCGUCUCGGUGUCCACCUCAG